AUGAGUUCUAUUAAAAACACUCAGAAUAGCUCGGGUAAUAUCGUAGCGAGAAGCUCAAGCGCUUCAAUUGCAGCUUCAGAUGAGUCCUUUAGCGGUGUUGCUCAUGACAAAGAUAAGCAGAACGAUACCCCGGCGGAUCGAUUAACUAAAAUGCUGACGGGACCUGUGAGGGACUCUGCGAGUCAGAUUAGCGCCACUGUGUCUGAUAUGUCACCCGAUGUCGUAUCAAAAGUGGAAUCUUUUGCAGAUGCGCUAUCCCGUCAUACUACAAGAAGUGGGGCCUUUAACAUGGAUUCUGGUGAUGAUGAUGGAUUCGACGCUCACGCCAUUUUUGAAAGUUUUGUCAGAGACGCUGAUGAACAAGGAAUUCAUAUCCGUAAAGCUGGCGUCACUAUAGAGAACGUGAGCGCCAAAGGUGUUGAUGCAAGUGCCCUAGAGGGUGCCACCUUUGGUAACAUACUGUGUUUACCAUUAACCAUUUUUAAAGGUAUCAAGGCUAAGAGACAUCAAAAAAUGAGGCAGAUCAUAAGCAACAUUAAUGCUCUAGCAGAAGCAGGUGAGAUGAUCUUGGUUCUUGGACGGCCUGGUGCUGGUUGUUCCUCUUUUUUAAAAGUAACAGCAGGUGAAAUAGAUCAAUUUGCCGGCGGCGUUUCCGGUGAUAUAACAUAUGAUGGUAUACCUCAGAAGGAGAUGAUGAAACGAUAUAAGGCGGAUGUUAUUUACAAUGGUGAGUUGGAUGUCCAUUUCCCUUACUUAACGGUUAAACAAACUUUGGAUUUCGCUAUUGCCUGCAAAACGCCUGCUUUAAGAGUCAAUAAUGUUACAAAAAAAGAGUACAUUAGUUCUAGAAGAGACUUAUAUGCGACGAUUUUCGGUCUAAGGCAUACUUAUAAUACUAAAGUUGGUAACGAUUUUGUUAGGGGUGUAUCUGGAGGUGAACGUAAGCGUGUUUCCAUUGCCGAAGCCUUAGCUGCCAAGGGUUCCAUUUAUUGUUGGGAUAACGCCACAAGGGGUCUAGAUGCAUCCACGGCUUUAGAAUAUGCCAAAGCUAUCCGUAUUAUGACCAAUUUAUUGAAAUCCACUGCCUUUGUAACAAUUUAUCAAGCAAGUGAAAACAUUUACGAAACUUUUGACAAAGUCACUGUUCUUUACUCUGGCAAACAAAUAUAUUUUGGUUUGAUUAAUGAAGCAAAACCAUACUUCGCAAAAAUGGGUUACUUGUGUCCUCCAAGGCAAGCAACUGCUGAAUUUUUGACUGCACUAACAGAUCCAAAUGGGUUCCACUUAAUCAAGCCAGGUUAUGAACAUAAAGUACCAAGAACCGCUGAAGAAUUCGAAACUUACUGGUUAAAUUCCCCAGAAUUUGCCCAAAUGAAGAAUGAUAUUACCGCUUAUAAAGAAAGAGUUAAUACCGAAAAGACAAAGGAAGUUUACGACGAAUCAAUGGCCCAAGAGAAAUCUAAAUAUACAAGAAAAAAAUCUUACUAUACCAUUUCAUAUUGGGAACAGGUCAGACUCUGUACUCAACGUGGAUUUCAAAGAAUCUACGGUAACAAGAGUUAUACGGUCAUCAAUGUUUGCUCUGCCAUUAUUCAAUCUUUUAUUACCGGAUCUUUAUUUUACAAUACCCCUUCAUCUACUUCUGGUGCUUUCUCAAGAGGCGGUGUUCUGUAUUUUGCGCUGUUAUAUUAUUCUUUAAUGGGGCUGGCAAAUAUUUCUUUUGAACACAGACCAAUCUUGCAAAAGCAUAAGGGUUAUUCUUUGUAUCAUCCUUCAGCCGAAGCCAUUGGUUCCACUCUAGCAUCUUUUCCCUUCAGAAUGAUUGGUUUGACAUGCUUCUUUAUCAUUUUAUUCUUCUUAUCUGGGUUGCACAGGACAGCGGGAUCAUUUUUCACCAUCUACCUGUUCUUAACUAUGUGCUCAGAGGCGAUUAACGGUUUAUUUGAAAUGGUUUCUUCCGUGUGUGAUACCCUUUCCCAGGCUAAUUCUAUUUCUGGUAUUUUGAUGAUGUCCAUAUCAAUGUAUUCUACGUAUAUGAUUCAAUUACCUUCGAUGCAUCCUUGGUUUAAAUGGAUAUCGUACGUGCUACCUAUCAGAUAUGCUUUCGAGUCCAUGUUAAAUGCGGAGUUCCAUGGGAGACAUAUGGAUUGUGCUAACACUCUAGUACCCAGUGGAGGGAACUAUGACAAUCUAUCUGAUGAUUACAAAGUCUGUGCUUUUGUUGGUUCAAAACCCGGUCAGUCUUAUGUGCUUGGUGAUGACUACCUGAAGAAUCAAUUCCAGUAUGUGUAUAAGCACACUUGGAGAAACUUCGGUAUCAUGUGGUGCUUUUUACUAGGUUAUAUUGUUCUAAAAGUUAUAUUCACAGAAUAUAAGAGGCCUGUAAAAGGUGGUGGUGAUGCCCUUAUCUUCAAAAAGGGAUCAAAAAGAUUUAUCACACCUACAGAUGAGGAAUCGCCAGAAAAUAUCAAUGAUAUAGAUGCUAAAGAACAAUUUUCCAGUGAAAGUAGUGGCGCUAAUAACGAAGUGUUUGACGAGUUAGAGGCCAAGGGGGUUUUUAUAUGGAAGGACGUGUGCUUUACUAUCCCAUAUGAAGGCGGUAAGAGAAUGCUUUUGGAUAAUGUUUCAGGUUACUGUAUUCCAGGUACUAUGACCGCGUUGAUGGGCGAGUCAGGCGCUGGUAAAACAACUUUGUUGAACACUCUCGCUCAAAGGAACGUCGGCAUUAUAACGGGUGACAUGCUUGUCAAUGGUCGUCCUAUCGAUGCAAGUUUCGAAAGACGUACAGGUUAUGUUCAGCAACAGGAUAUUCACAUUGCUGAGCUGACUGUUAGGGAAUCACUACAGUUUUCUGCCCGUAUGCGUCGUCCACAAAGUUUACCUGAUUGUGAAAAAAUGGAUUACGUAGAAAAGAUUAUUAGAGUUUUAGGGAUGGAAGAGUAUGCCGAAGCUCUUGUUGGUGAGGUAGGCUGUGGUUUGAACGUUGAACAGAGAAAGAAAUUAUCUAUUGGUGUUGAGUUAGUUGCUAAACCAGAUUUACUAUUAUUCCUGGAUGAACCUACAUCAGGUUUAGAUUCUCAAUCUUCAUGGGCUAUUAUUCAAUUAUUAAGAAAAUUAUCAAAAGCUGGUCAGUCUAUUCUUUGUACAAUUCAUCAACCUUCGGCUACUUUAUUUGAAGAGUUUGACAGAUUACUACUUUUAAGAAAAGGUGGGCAAACUGUUUACUUUGGUGAUAUCGGUAAAAAUUCUGCCACCAUUCUGCAAUAUUUUGAAAGAAAUGGGGCAAGAAAAUGUGAUUCUAGUGAGAAUCCUGCUGAGUAUAUCUUAGAGGCUAUUGGUGCUGGCGCUACUGCAUCCGUUAAAGAAAACUGGCAUGAAAAGUGGUUGAACUCUUCCGAGUUUCAAAAAACAAAAUACGAAGUACAGAAUUUAAUUAAUGAUCUAUCGAAACAAGAAACUAAGUCUGAUUUUGGAGAUAAACCCUCCAAAUAUGCUACAUCUUAUGCUUAUCAGUUCAAGUAUGUUUUAAUCAGAACUUCUACUUCAUUUUGGAGAAGUUUGAAUUACAUUAUGUCGAAGUUGAUGCUAAUGCUGGUCGGUGGUUUAUAUAUCGGUUUCACAUUUUUCAAUGUUGGUAAAAGUUAUGUUGGUCUACAAAAUGCGAUGUUCGCAGCGUUUAUCUCCAUUAUUUUGUCUGCUCCUGCAAUGAAUCAAAUUCAAGGCCGGGCGAUUGCUUCUAGGGAACUUUUCGAAGUCAGAGAAUCUCAGUCUAAUAUGUUCCAUUGGUCACUUGUAUUGAUUACUCAGUAUUUGAGCGAACUUCCAUACCACUUAUUUUUCUCGACAAUUUUCUUUGUCUCUUCAUAUUUUCCAUUGAGAAUUUUCUUCGAAGCUUCAAGAUCUGCGGUAUACUUUUUGAACUACUGUAUUAUGUUCCAGUUAUACUACGUGGGCCUUGGUUUACUGAUCUUAUAUAUGUCACCAAACCUACCAUCCGCCAAUGUCAUCUUAGGUUUAUGCUUGUCCUUUAUGCUUUCAUUCUGUGGUGUUACACAACCUGUCUCAUUGAUGCCUGGCUUUUGGACCUUCAUGUGGAAGGCCUCACCAUACACCUACUUUGUUCAGAACCUGGUCGGCAUCAUGUUACACAAAAAACCAGUCGUAUGCAAAAAGAAAGAAUUAAACUACUUCAACCCACCAAAUGGUUCAACAUGUGGUGAAUACAUGAAGCCAUUUCUAGAAAAAGCUACCGGUUAUAUUGAAAACCCUGACGCUACUUCCGAUUGUGCAUACUGCAUUUAUGAAGUUGGUGAUAAUUAUUUGUCGCAUAUCAGCUCUAAGUAUAGCUACUUAUGGAGAAAUUUUGGAAUAUAUUGGAUUUACAUUUUCUUCAAUAUCAUCGCCAUGGUUUGCGUGUACUAUAUCUUCCAUGUAAGACAAUCUUCCAUCCUAAGCCCGGCAUCUAUUCUGAAGAAUAUCAAAAACAUACGGAAAAAGAAGCAAUAA